AACUCUUCUAGUUCCUGACGUUCUCACGCACACACACACAAACACGCACAGACACUGUCUGACACACGCACUAAUACACGCACACGCUGCGUUCACUUUUCUUUUAACAACUUUUCUGCGCUUUUUACGCAAAUUUUACAUGAAUCGUUGAAAGUGUUUGUUUGUGGUUAAUCUCGUGCGUGUGUGUGCGCGUGUGUGUGCGUGCAAACACUCGGGCUAGCCGUCCCUGUGAGGACCCGCCCAGCGGAGCUCCGGGAGGACCGACUCGCUUCACUGCCAGACGCCCGGGACCCCUCUCUUCUUCGGGUUAAUGUCGUCCUUCAUCUCCACCCUCGUCUUCCUCUGCAGCGUGGCAGCUGCCACUCAGUCCAGUCACCUGACAGUCUCAGAGUCCAUGUGUUAUGAUUGGGGGGAGUCCAGUGACGGGACGGUCUCUGUCCUGGAAGGGGAGGCCGGUUGGCUCUCCUGUCCUCUUUUCUCUCAUCCCUCCGUCUACAACUACACGUCCACCCAGAGCGCUGGACACAACCUGUUCUGGUACCGCCUCCCCGAGGGCCACGACCUGGAGCAGCCAAUCAGGUCCAACAGGUACAGCUGCAGGAAGUUCUGACUGAUUUCAAAUGAUGCUCUAGAAACGUAUCGCUGCGACACCAGGAAAUGAAAAGCAAUGAAAAUUGUUAUAAAAAGGUGUUUUCACAUUAUUAUGGUACAGAAUCGCAUCAUGUUGUCAGAAGCUUCUCGUUAUGUUAGUUUGUUAAAUUCUAAAAAGAGUUUUCAAACGAAAACGUUCAGCUCCAUCCAUGACAUCACCUUUCAGAUAAAUAUUAUAUUCUUUAGGGUUAGACCAAUGUAUUAGUAU